CCGAUGAAGAAUCUUUUUUUCCAUAUGAAAUUUGCUUCACGUUUCUUCUUCACUUGUUAUUAUCAUGUGUAUGUGAUUGCUGGAGAAAGUUCGGGAGAUAAAUUAGGAUAUCAUCUCGUUCGUUCUUUACAAAGAAUGGAUAAUAGUUUGGUGGUUCAUGGAGUAGGUGGGCCUUUGUUGGAGAAGCAAGGUUUACAAUCCCUUUUUCCAUAUGAAGAGUUGUCCGUAAUGGGUUUGUCAAGUGUAUUAUGGCGUCUUCCACGUCUUUUGUAUCGAUUGAAACAAGUGGAACGUGAUAUUCUGAUGAAACAACCGGAUGCUGUUAUUGCUAUCGAUUCCAAAGGAUUCUCUUCUCGCAUAUUUCAACGGAUAAGUAAAGGUGAUAAACGUUGGACUCCUUUACGUAUUCAAUAUGUAGGUCCUUCAGUAUGGGCUAUCAAAGAUGGAUUGCGAGCUGCUCAACAGUUUGGAAAGUGGAUUGAUCACGUAUUAUUGUUAUUCCCUUUGGAAGCUGCUCUAUGGAAACAAGCUCAUGUUCCUUGUACAGUAGUCGGACCUGGCUUUUGUGAAAAUUUGGAAUGGUUUGAUUCCAAAACAAAGUAUCAACGAAAGGAUUCAACAACCACAAGAUUGGUUGCUCUAUUGGGUAGUCGAAUACAAGAAGUGAAAAAAGCUGCACCACUCGUCAUGAAAUGUAUCCAGUUGUUGAGAGAAGAAGGAUUCCAUGAUCUGCAAAUAAUCAUACCUUAUGUAGGUCAUACACGGAGUUGGAUAGAAAACCAGAUUCCAUAUUAUUCUGAUGUAGAAUGGGUCAAUGGAGAAGAUGAGAAAGCUUACUUGGAAGCACUUGUGACGAGUGACUUUGCUGUAGCUGUUUCAGGUACUUCAGUGAUGGAAUGUCAUCUUUGUCAACUUCCUGUGAUUGUCAUUUAUCCUUGUGAUUCGUUGACUAGGUAUAUAAUCAAGAGAAAAGUUAAUGUUUCUUAUGCUUCGAUGGCCAAUAUCAUGCUUGACCGAAAUGUUGUUCCAGAGUUGUUAUUGGAACAAUGCAAAGUGGAUCAUCUAUUGCCACUGAUAAGGUAAUAUAAGAAAUGACUUUGAUAGGAA